AUGGGUCUUCCAUGGCAAGUCAAGAAAUACAUCGAUACAGUCUUCCAGACAGGUCAUGGUACAUUGUUCAGGAAUGACGGCCGCACUCGUAAAGAUCCAUCAAAGAAGUAUGGAACUGGUGGAUUAAUGAUAGGAAAGCAUGUUAUGAUCUCGUCAACAUGGAAUGCACCAGAAAUCGCAUUCACAGAAGAAGGACAGUUCUAUGCAGAUCUCGGAAAGAAGAAUCACUGGCUUACAGUCGAGAAGGCUUUCAAGUUCAUCGGUUUCGAUGUCCUCGAAGGAAUGUACUUCUUCGAUGUUCACAAGAACCCACAUGUUGAACAAGAAGUCGAACAAUACAAACAACUUCUCGAAAAGUACUUCAAAUAA